GUAGUCCUGGUGAGUUGUUCGUUUUAAACAAAAAGGGAUGAAUCUUUAUGAACCAUGAGUUGCCAUGGUUUGUUCUUUUUGCAAAGGGUAUGAUUAUUAUAAUUAGAUAGGCAACCUUUUCUAGUAUAGAUGAGCUUAUAGAAAUAAUAGGAACAUGCUAAAGAAAAUAUUAAUAAAAGCGAAAUUAAUUUUCUAUAAAAGAAAGCUCAAUGCCUGCUUUUGAAUAAGUGCCAAAAAACGGUUAGAGUAAGUAAUUUGUCAAGUUAAAAAUAUAAAAAAAAGGAGCUCUAGUAACAUGAAGUUCGGCAAAACCUUUGAGAGUCUUUUAACAUCCGAAUGGCAGAAGCAGUACAUGAAUUACAAUGAGCUUAAAGCCAUAAUAAUGCGUGCCGUGGACGACGCCCCGGAGGAAGGCGGUUUAAACAUCUCCGCCAUAAGAGAGUACUAUCAGGAGUUUGAGGCUUUCUUUCUAAACACCUGCCAUCAGGAGCUUACCAGAGUGAAUGAUUUCUUCAAUUACAAGCAGGCAGAGGCCCGCCGGAAGUUGGCCACAUUGAACUACCAACUGAUGCGAACAGGAACGGCAGCGGGUUCAGCGAAUUCCAGGAACCAACAGCAGGAAACUAAUCCAAAGCCGCCGACAGCCAACAAACUACGCCUGGCCAUGAGAGAGUUCUAUCUAAGCCUAAUCAUGAUGCAAAACUAUCAGACGCUCAACAACACAGGCUUCCGGAAGAUCUGCAAGAAAUAUGACAAGUAUCUAAAGUCCGAUGCCGCGCUGGCAUGGUACGAGCGAUUUGUUUUAGGAGCGAGCUUCACUGUAAGCUCGGAGCUGGACAGGAUGAUCGUGACCGUGGAGGACCUGUACACCCAGUAUCUAGCCAAGGGGGAUCGGUUCAAGGCCAUGGAGAGCCUCCGUGUGCCGCCGCUGGGGCAACCAACUCCUCUGAUCCAUCUCUUCUUCUCAGGCCUCUCCAUGGGCCUGUUUUUGGUGGGCUUCAUCAUGUGCCUGCUUGUGUAUUUCUGCUUAGAUCUGACACCAGAGUUCCGGUCUAUAUUCAUCAGCCUUUUCAGGGGUCCCAUUUCGGGAGUGAUCUUCGGACUCUACCUGGCCAUUAACGUGAAUAUUUGGCAAAAGGUGGGAAUUAAUCAUGUGCUAAUCUUUGAGCUGGAGCGACGUGACGCCGUUUGCGGAGUGAAGGCCCUAGAAAUGGCCUGUUUCUUGGGUUACUUUUGCUCACUAAAUGUGCUGCUCUACUUGCUCUACAAUGAGUUCUAUAUGGACAACCCGUACAUGAUUCCGCUGGUCGAGGUGGCAGUCGUUGCCGUGAUUGUUCUCAACCCCAUACACAUCCUCUUCUACUCGGCCAGGAUUUGGCUGCUACGCGUGACCGGUCGCAUGCUCCUAGCUCCCUUCUUUUUUGUGCAGUUUGCUGACUUCUGGCUCGCGGAUCAGUGGUGCUCAGUGGUCACCUGCUUUGUGGAUCACUAUCGCCUGGUUAGGUUCUAUGUUCGCUACUUGUUGGGCUGGCCCUCGGCCUUUGACUUUGGAGCAGACUAUGCAGUUGCCAUCAUACGGUGCCUGCCCCCGUGGAUCCGACUCUGGCAGAGCCUGCGUCGAUACCGGGAUAGCAGCUCCAGAUCUGCAGACUAUCUAAUCAAUGCAUUUAAGUACACCUUGUCCAUCAUCGUGGUCAUCUUCUCCACUGUUCAAAUGGAGACAAGUGGAAAUUACAAGAGUGUAUUCCAGAAUCCCUGGACUUGGGUUUAUCUAACCAGUGCUUUGAUCUCUUCAUUUUACUCUCUGGCCUGGGACAUGCUGAAGGACUUUGGAUUGUUUAGGGAAUGGAAGGGAGAAAACCUAUUUCUGCGUGAUCAACUUGUCUAUCCAAAGUGGUUCUAUUACUUUGUGAUUGUCGAAAAUACUUUGCUACGUUUUGUGUGGCUUUUGGAGUUUGCAAUGGUCUAUCAGAACGUCUUGGCUUCGCAUACUGGCACGACACUAGCUUCUUUUUGCGAAAUGACGCGACGCUUUCUAUGGAACUUUUUGCGCUUGGAGAAUGAACAUUUGAAUAAUUGCGGUCAGUUUAGGGCCACUCGGGACAUAUUCAUAACUAGGGUGAAUUCAGAAGAGGAGCUGUUAUUGGAGUCCAUGAUGGAUGAGUCCGAGAAGGCCGGAAAGGAACACCUGGACAAGAAGUAUUUUUGAAUACUUUUUUGUAACACAAAAAUAAAGAGGAUUGGAUUGGUCAAAGGUUUUACACUCUCAUCCUA